GCUAGAUUGGCCUGGACUUUUAGUACACUCUUGGAGCUUCGGAUACACUCUUGGAGCUUGUCUCCGCCGGGUUCAUUGACGCUGAUGCACCUAAAGCUCUGGCAUUUGCGCGCCCCCGCGGUUUCCCCGUUUCUCUGUCCCUUCUCUCGCGAACAUGAAGGCGCGUUUUGGGCAUGCUUUCGCCUACAAUGUCUUUUCCUCGCUCGAAUGUCCGGAUCGUCACGCCCGAUGCGGAAAAACGACCUUUGAUUACAUGGGCAUCACCCGCGCUUCGCUGGUUUUGGCGUACAAUGCGCGAUUGCGCGACCUUUCCGUCACCUAAUAGCAGGAAUAGCGUUUUGAAAAAGACGUUGGGCAACGCCCGCUGUU